AUGGGGUCGUUAGGAAGUGAUCCCCGACUCCCGCCGGUCCUGGACUUCUCAGCCUUCCGGGGGUCCGACCAGGCAGCCAAAGCCGAGUUUCUGCAGGCGCUCGGGCAAGCAUGUCGAGACAAGGGAUUCUUCCAGCUCACCAACCACGGGGUGGCGGCGUCGCUUCAAGAGCGGAUAUUUGCGGCGUCGAAAGAGUUCUUCAGCCUCCCACUGGAAGAGAAGCUGAAGGCGAAGCUGGGCCCUUCGACCCGGGGACGAGGCUACGAGACGAUAGGCGGGCAGAUGCUGGAGCCCGGGGCGGCGCCGGACACCAAAGAAGCCAUCUAUCUGGGCCAGGACCUGGGGGAGGACGACGCGCGGGUGGUGAAGGGCGAGUACGGGUGCGGGCCCAACAUCUACCCAUCCAGCCUGGGGCGGGAGUGGCACGCGACGUGCAUGGAAUACCUGGAGGCGAUGAAGACGCUGGCGCGCGACGUGAUGCGGGCGCUGGCGGCGGCGCUCGACCUGCGCGAGGACUUCUUCGACCGCUUCACCGACACCGACCCGGCCGCCACGCUGCGGCUGGUGCACUACCCGCCGACGCCGACGACGUCGCAGCUCGAGCGAGGCUGCGGCGCCCAUCGCGACUUCGGCUGCAUCACGCUCCUCCUGCAAGACGCCGUCGGCGGCCUGCAGGUGCAGGACGAGGUCACCGGCGACUGGCUCGACGUCGCCCCCGUCCCCGGCGCCUACGUCGUCAACCUGGGCAACCUGAUGGCCCGCUGGACCAACCACCACUACACCUCCAACACCCACCGCGUGCUGAACCACUCCCCCUGCCACCGCUACUCUAUCCCCUUCUUCUACAGCGGGAACCCCGCCCACACCUUGGAAACCAUCCCCGGCCUGGAGCGGACGCCGCUGUCACUCGCCAGGAAAUACGGGCCCCCCAUCCCUGUCAACCCCUACCCCCCCGUCUCCGUCGCCGACUUCCUACACGACCAAUUCGUUCAAUCUUACAAGCGUGCCGAAGAAUACAGACCAACCCCGCCGGAACUCACCACUUGA